GCGGCUGGUGAUCCCUUGCCAGAUCAACUCAGGAUCACGGAGGAGAUCAUCAGUCUUCUUCAGGAGUUCGCUGCGUGUGGCUAACGAGAAUACGCGUAUGAAUUUUAUGUGGACCCGAUCUGUUUCGCAAAUACCGGUCGACCUCGCCGAACAAGAUGACAGAGGAGGUACAGCGUCACACGGUCCAUACCUUGAUUUUCCGCUCACUGAAGCGAACGCAUGACAUGUUCAGAUCGGAUCAUUUUGCACUGCCACCCGUUGACCCCGAAGCUGAAAGGAUUCGUCGUAAGUGCAAAGAAAGUGAUAUGUUCGCUGGGAUGGACGAAGCACAGACGAAGCUUCAUCCACACCUACCUAUUCCUAAACGCACUCUCGCGAUAGAGGCUCCGAGAAUCAAAUCCGAGAAUAAUGCCGAACUUCCAAAUAGUUCGGUUGUUCCUGUAUCGCCGUCGAUUAAGUCUGAGCAGUCAGAGCAAGUUCCCAGCAUGUCUGCGCUUGCCGGUCUCUCUGGUCGUGCUGAUAUUGGAGUGAUGGGAUUUGCAAAACCGAAAUGGCACGCUCCAUGGAAGCUGAUGCGCGUGAUAUCCGGCCAUCAAGGCUGGGUCCGAUGCAUUGCAGUAGACACGACAAAUCAAUGGUUCGUGACUGGUGCAAACGACCGAGUAAUCAAGAUCUGGGAUCUUGCGAGUGGAAAUCUGAAACUUUCUCUUACUGGACACGUGAGCACAGUCCGUGGUGUUGAAGUUUCUGCUCGUAUGCCGUAUUUAUUUUCGUGCGGUGAAGAUCGUCAAGUCAAGUGUUGGGAUCUUGAGCAGAACAAAGUUGUGCGGCAUUAUCACGGGCACUUAUCUGCUGUUCACGCUUUAUCCCUGCAUCCUACGAUUGAUGUUCUCGUGACCUGUGGGCGUGACAGCACUGCUCGUGUCUGGGACAUCAGGACAAAAACGAAUGUCUUCACUCUGACGGGUCACACGAACACUGUGACAUCCGUCCUGUGCCAAAAGUUCGAACCUCAGAUUGUCACGGGAAGCCAAGACUCGACAGUUCGUUUGUGGGACUUGAGAAAAGGCGUCACUAAAGCCACACUGACCCAUCAUAAGAAAAGCGUUCGUGCCCUGGCUGCUCAUCCAAGUGUUCGUAUGUUUGCCUCAGCUUCUCCGGACUCAAUCAAGGAAUGGAAAGGAAGCAACGCAGUUUAUGUUCAAACUUUGACUGGACAUAACACGAUAAUCAACGCGUUGGCCGUGAACGAUGACGGAGUGCUUGUUUCUGGAGGGAACAACGGAACAAUGCACUUGUGGGAUUGGAUGACUGGGUAUAAUUUCCAGCGACUACAAGCUCCAGUUCAACCUGGUUCAAUGGAAAAUGAAGCUGGAAUAAAUGCGUUGUGUUUUGACCGAAGUGGCAGUCGACUGAUCAGUGCGGAGUCUGAUAAAACCAUCAAGAUUUUCAAGGAAGACGACGAAGCCAUGAUCGCGUUUAACUUAUUGUGCAAGUGUCGGGGUACUCGAUUUUCGUCAGCUGUGCGAACUUACAUUAGAAAAUCGGAAGCGGCGAAAAUUCACAAGCGUCUCGUCUCACCGGAUGUCAUUACUCAUGAAACUGAUGCCAAGUGGCUUGCGAUUUCCAAAAACUUCAAGACUGCAGAAACGUUGGAAAGAUUCCCCGUGGAAAAGCUUUAUAGCAUUGAAGACCUAUUCAACGCUAAGUUUCACCUUGGACACAAGGAGGGUUCACUUGAUCCAAGAAUGCGUCCAUUUUUGUACGGAUCGCGUCUUGGCCACUUGAUUUUCGACCUGGACCAAGCAUCAGCGUUGCUCGGUGAUGCAUUAAACUUCGUGGCCCAUGUUGCCGCCCGUGAUGGGAUAAUAUUAUUUGUGACGCGGCACCCUGCCACCAUUUAUUUGGUGGAGAAAGCCGCGAAGGAGGUUCAUGAGUUUUCCCAUUGUCGUCCUUGGCAACCUGGCCUUUUCACGGAUGCCAACAAUCACUACGGGGCAGUGACUCGGUUGCCGGACUUGGUCGUCGUUACCCACACAAGAGAUGGUGCAAUUGGCCCUCAUCCAGUGAUUCGUGAUGCUGCCAAAAUGCUGAUCCCAACCGUUGCGAUUGUUGACAGUGACUGUGACCCGAAUUUGAUCACCUACCCAGUGCCGGGGAAUGACGAUUCGUCGUCAUCAGUGCAACUUUUUUUGAACCUGAUUUCGAAAGCUAUUUCAAUGGGCAAAACGCAAAAGGAAUCGUCGCUGGUAUCUAGCGAAAAGUUACACUUACAGGCGGGGGCCGAUUAG